CACCUUUCAUCAUCCAAACUUCACGCACCAAGAUCAAAAACAUCUAUUCCAAGCAAGUAUUAGUAACCAUAAACCCAACAUGAAGACCUUCCUCAUCUUCGUCCUCCUUGCCAUGGCGAUGAGCAUCGUCACUGCUGCUAGGCAGCUAAACCCUAGCGAGCAAGAGUUGCAAUCACCACAACAAUUAUAUCCGCAGCAACCAUAUCCACAGCAACCAUAUCCACCACAACAACCAUUUCCCACACCCCAACAAUAUUUUCCCCAUCAAUCACAACAACCAUUUCCCCCACCACAACAACCAUUUCCCCAACCCCAACAAGCAACUCCCCUACAACCACAACAACCAUUCCCCCAGCAACCCAAACAACCACAACAAGCUUUUCCCCAACCCCAACAACAAUUUGCCUUGCAACCACAACAACAAUUUCCCCAGCUCCAACAACCACAACAAUCAUUCCCACAACAACCCCAGAGACCACAGCCAUUCCCCCAACAACCAGAACAAAUAAUUUCACAGCAACCACAGCAACCAUUCCUCCUGCAACCGCAACAACCAUUCCCCCAGCAACCAGAACAAAUAAUAUCCCAGCAACCCCAACAACUAUUUUCCCAGUCACAACAACCAUUUCCCCAGCAACCCCAACAACCAUUUCCCCUGCAACCGCAACAACCAUUUCCCCAACAACCAGCAAAUGCUCCACUGGUUGCGCUAUGGCUGGGACAUGGUGGUCGCAAAUGCUCCAUCCGGUGUGGGGAAUGCUGGAACUAGAGAAAAAAUGCUACAACCGGUGCAUACGUGAGCUACAGGCAACAUUUAAUUUUGCUGGAACUAGUAAGUGUCGGCUGUGGAAAAAGUUUCAAGGCGGCAUGGGAAAAAAGCUUCCACCGGAGAGAAAAUGCUUCAACCGUUUUGGAAAAAGCUUCAACCGGCUGUGUAAAAGCUUCAUCCAACUAGAGGAAAAGCUUCAAGUGGCAUGAGGAAAAAUCUUUCCACCACGAGAAAAAAGCUUCAAUGGUAAAAAAAGCUUCAAGCAGCGAUGGAAAAGCUUCAACCAGCGGGAGGAAAAGCUUCAAGCGGCAAUGACGAAAAAGCUUCCACAUAUGGAAAAAGCUUCAACCAGGGGAACACCAAUGGUAUGAGGAGAUGACGGCGUGAGCUGCGGCCGACAGCACGGUGGUGCUGCGACAGGCGCGCUACAAAGACAACGAGGCUAGGUGCUGAAACAUGAGAUGCAUCGGCUGUCUUUUGCGUUGUUUUUGAACUGAGGAGCGAUGACCGCCGGCGAGGCAGAGGCGGCCAACUGCGAUCUAAAGGGGGGCGAGGCGCGACCUAUUGCGAGGUCUGCAGCCGGCGGGGACGAGGGUGGUGCAGGAACUACUCACAGCCACACUAGAUGCUCAAAAGAAAGUUCUUGUCACAAGGACAUUGCUGGUAAUUAUUACAUUCAUGCCAUAUUUGGAUUUUCAUCCCAAAAUAUAAUUUGAGUCAUGUGCAUUAACUA